AUGAUGGAAAAAUUUGGAUUCCACAAAGUAAGCAAUAGCCCCACUUCCCCAGGACAAGCAAAGAUUACACACAACAUUUCAGAUCGCCCCCAUCAUCCUCCCCGCCACGAACCGGUGGAAACGCUCAGGAAACAAUUACGAGUUAGCAAUGCGCCUGGCAAUGAUGUCGUAGUUGCGAAUUGCGUGGCAGUGAAUCCAGCAGACUUUGCUCAUGUUCCAGAUAGAACCCCUAUUAUUUUGGAUGGAGUAUUCGUGUACUCCAUAGCCAAGGAUGACCGUAUGAAACCUGGCCACAUUGGAUUGGCUGGAAACAUGAGAUCAUGGGGAAAGUAUUCAUUUGAUCAAAUUGUUCACGCGGAGACCUAUGAUAUUUUCCAAUCCGGACAGCAACAACAAUACCUUGGUGCUAUUGAUCUACUGAUUGAUUUUGUUAAGGCAAAAUCCAAUUCAUCUCCGUUGAACCACGAUGAUUUGGUGAACAUUUUCCACCAAAAGUAUGAAAAUCAGAUUUUGCAACCCACGCAAGUGAUUUACAUGGAUUUUCACAAUGUCUACUACUCAGUCAAAGUGGAACAAGUUCAAAUCAUUGAUGUAAACACGAAAGAUAAUUUACCAAGUUUCAAAGAUUCCAACGAUAUCAAAACUAAAGGGAUAUUUAUCAAAUCAACUGAUGUUGUCUUUUACCCUUACGAUGGAUCAAAAAUUAAUAUAUCCAAAAGCAAGAGUUUGAAGUCGAGAAUCUUUGGAGGCAACGGUGCCCAAGAGUCUCGUCGUCACACUAGGAAGCAAAUCAUCAACCCUGAUUUCAAGUUGGAAGAUUUGGGCAUCGGUGGGUUGGACUCUGAGUUUCAGGAUAUUUUCCGUCGUGCGUUCAACUCGAGAAUAUUGCCACCAGAAAUUGCCGAGAAAUUGGACUACAAACACUGUAAAGGGUUGUUGUUGUACGGACCCCCUGGUACUGGUAAGACCUUGAUAGCUCGUAAGUUGUCCAAGAUGUUGAAUGGUAAAGAGCCAAAGAUUGUGAAUGGUCCCGAAAUGUUGAGCAAGUAUGUUGGUGCUUCGGAAGAAAACAUUCGUAACUUGUUCAAGGAUGCUGAAGCUGAGUAUAAACUUAAAGGUGAGGAUUCAGAUUUGCAUGUUAUCAUUUUUGACGAAUUGGAUUCGGUAUUCAAACAAAGAGGGUCAGGAAAAAGCGAUGGAACAGGUGUUGGUGACAACGUUGUGAACCAGUUGUUAUCGAAAAUGGACGGUGUUGAUCAGUUGAACAAUAUCCUCGUCAUUGGUAUGACGAAUAGACUAGACUUGAUUGAUACGGCAUUGUUGAGGCCAGGUAGAUUUGAAAUCCAGAUUGAAAUUGCCUUGCCUGAUGAGAAAGGUAGAAAGGAUAUCUUUUUGAUUCACACAAAGAAAUUGAGAGAGAAUGGAUUGUUGACCUCUGAUGUCAACUUUGACGAAUUGAGCAUCUUGACAAAGAAUUUUACCGGUGCUGAAAUUGAAGGUCUUUGUAAUUCCGCCAAGUCUUAUGCUGUUUCUCGUCACACCAAAAAGGGAUCUUUAGCUCAAAUUGACCCUGAAUCUAUUGCAAACAUGCACAUCACCAGAAACGAUUUCCUUUUAGCUUUGAAUGAUAUCCGUCCAGCUUUUGGUACUGAUGAAGAGGAUCUUGCUCAACAAGCACAACACGGUAUAAUUCAAUUUAACCAAACAAUUACAAACAUUUUUGAAAAGGGCCAAUCAAUUAUUGACGUUGUUAGAUCAAGCGAAUCUGAAACAUUAAGAAGUCUCUUGUUGUAUGGACCACCUGGUGUUGGGAAAACUGCCAUUGCCACUACAUUAGCUUUGAACAGUGAUUUCCCUUUUAUUAAGAUGUUGUCUGCUGAGACUUUAGUUGGUAUGGGCGAGGCCAGGAAAAUCCAGGAAAUCGACAAUGUAUUUAGAGACGUUCACAAGUCCCCUUUGAAUGUUUUGGUUAUCGACAAGAUUGAGAAUAUUAUAAACUAUAACCCCAUUGGACCUAGAUUUUCCAAUGAUAUCUUGCAAGUUUUGAAUGUGUACUUGACCAAGAAGCCACCAAGAGGUAGAAGGUUGUUGAUUAUUGGGACUACUUCCCAAUACUCUGUAUUGAAGCAUAUGAAUCUUGUUGAUAGUUUCAAUGAUGCUAUUGCUGUACCUCCUAUCAAGUCGAUUGGCGAAGUUGGUAAAGUUUUGGACAAGUUGGGUUUCAUGUCGCCAGAUGAGAGAAGAGAGAUUUUAGGUCAGCUUGAACAAUAUGAAAUCAACAUUGGCGUAAAGAGUUUGAUCGAUGUAUUGAUGGUCAGUAAGUAUGCAAGAGAUAGCGUUGAUGAAGUUGUUAGUAAUAUCGUUGAGAAAAUGAAUGGUUAG